AUGGCCUCCCUUGCUGCAGCAAAUGCAGAAUUUGGCUUCGACUUAUUCAGAGAAAUGGAUAACUGUCAAGGAAAUGGAAAUGUAUUCUUCUCUUCCCUGAGCCUCUUCACUGCCCUGACCCUAAUCCGUCUGGGUGCUCGAGGUGACUGUGCACAUCAGAUUGACAAGGCACUUUACUUUAACGCCCCAUCAAGGCAAGGAGACUGCUCUAACAACCAGUCAGGACUGCAGCAUCAAUUGAAAAGAGUUCUCACUGACAUAAACUCAUCCCAUAAGGAUUAUGAACUCAGCAUUGUCAAUGGACUUUUUGCAGAAAAAGUGUUUGACUUUCAUAAGAAUUACAUUGCUUGUGCUGAAAAGUUAUACAAUGCCAAAGUGGAAAGAGUUGACUUUACAAAUGAUAUAGAAGAAACCAGAUAUAAAAUUAAUAAAUGGAUUGAAAAUGAGACACAUGGAAAAAUCAAGAAGGUGUUAGGUGGCAGCAGCCUCAGUUCCUCAGCUGUGAUGGUGCUGGUGAAUGCUGUUUACUUCAAAGGCAGAUGGAAGUCUGCCUUCACCAAGAGCGAGACCCUCAAGUGCCGUUUCAGGUCUCCCACGUGUCCUGAAAAGGCAGUUGCUAUGAUGCAUCAAGAACGGAGGUUCAAUAUGUCUACAAUUCAGGACCCACCCAUGCAGGUUCUCGAACUCCAAUAUCAUGGUGACAUAAGCAUGUACAUCAUGCUGCCAAGGAAUGACCUAUCCCAAGUUGAAAGCAAACUGAGCUUUCGGAAUCUAAUGGAGUGGACCAAUAGGAGGAAAAUGAAAUCUCAGUAUGUGGAGGUGUUUCUUCCUCAGUUCAAGAUAGAGAAGAAUUAUGAGAUGAGAGGCCACUUGAAGCCCCUAGGGUUGCAGGACAUCUUUGAUGAGUCCAGAGCAGACCUCUCUGGAAUUGCUUCUGGAGGUCGUCUCUAUAUCUCAAAGCUAAUGCACAAAUCAUUCAUAGAGGUCACAGAGGAGGGCAGCGAGGCCACUGCUGCCACAGAAAAUGACAUUGUUGAAAAGCAGCUCCCUGAAUCCACAGUGUUCAGAGCUGAUCACCCCUUUCUGUUUGUCAUCAGGAAAAAUGGUAUCAUUUUAUUUACUGGUAAAGUCGCCUGUCCUUGA